AUGCUCUCUCAACUCUUUUUCAUUCCAACACGUAAGAAGGAAGUCUUGCUGCGUAUUACAAUCCUCGCAGCCAUCUACGUGUUGGCUUUCUGUGUUAGGCUUUUUUCAGUCUUCAGAUAUGAGAGUGUCAUUCACGAAUUUGAUCCAUAUUUCAAUUUCCGUUCCGCUAAAUACUUGGUAGAUUACGGAUGGUAUGAUUUCUACAAUUGGUUUGAUGAUUUUUCUUGGUAUCCUAUUGGACGUGUUGUAGGAGGUACAGUGUAUCCAGGAAUCCAAAUUACAGCAGCUUUCAUGUAUUGGAUUUUGAGAGCCAUCAACUUUACCGUGGAUUUGAGAAACGUUUGUGUUCUCACCUCUCCUUUCUUUGCUUCCAACACGGCCAUGAUUACAUAUGCCUUUACAAAUGAAAUUGCUGGUCCGAGCGCAGCCUUGACCUCUUCGAUUUUGAUUGCCAUCGUUCCCGGAUACAUUUCUCGUUCCGUUGCUGGAUCAUUUGAUAACGAAGGUGUAGCUAUUUUCGCAUUGAUUUGCACUUUUUAUUUGUUUGUUAAGAGUGUAAGAACUGGAUCUCUAUUCUGGAGUGCAAUUGCUUGCUUGUCCUAUUUCUACAUGGUCAACGCUUGGGGAGGUUACGUUUUCAUCAUUAACUUGAUUCCAGUCUACGUUUUGGUAUUGCUUGUCACUGGUAGAUUCUCUCAUCGAUUGUAUGUGGCUUACAGCUCGUUCUAUAUUUUAGGUACACUCUUGUCUAUGCAAGUGAGAUUUGUCAAUUUCCAAGCUGUUCAAACAAGCGAACAUUUAGGUGCAAUGGGUGUGUUUGCUUUACUUCAACUUGUGAACUUUGUGAAUUGGAUUAGAUCUUUACUUGAUGCAAAAAUGUUCCAAAGAUUGUUUAGAUUUGUUGUCUCAACAUUUACAUUAACUGCUGUUGUUGCCAUUCUGAUUGGAAGCGCCACAGGAUAUAUUGCUCCAUGGACUGGUAGAUUUUAUGCCAUGUUAGAUCCAACCUAUGCUAAGAAGCACAUUCCAAUUAUUGCCUCUGUAUCAGAACAUCAACCUACCACUUGGGCAAGCUUCUUCUUUGACUUGCACAUUUUGGCACUUCUAUUCCCUGUUGGAUUAUACUUUUGUUUCCGUGACUUGACAGAUGCCUCAAUCUUUAUUAUUUUAUAUGGCAUGUUUAGUGUAUACUUUGCUGGUGUCAUGGUUCGUUUGAUUCUUGUUCUUGCUCCUGCUGCCUGUGUUUUAUCUGGAAUUGGUAUUUCUAAAACUCUCAAAACUUAUAUCCGUGCUCUUAAAGCUAAACCUUCAAAAACAGAAUCAACAAGUUCACCUAGCGAACAAAAGAAGAAACCACAAGCUUCAAGUUCCACUGAAAAGACUCAGAGUCAACUUCCACGAGAGAUUGCCUUGUUAUGCUUAUUUCCAUCUUACUCAUCUCCCUCUAUUGUGUUAGCUGCUCGUGGUGCUGGAGGAAGAAGAAUCAUCUUCGAUGAUUUUAGAGAAGCUUAUUACUGGUUGAGUGAAAACACUAAACCUGAUGCCAAGGUGAUGUCAUGGUGGGACUAUGGUUAUCAAUUAACUGCAAUGGCAAAUAGAACUGUAUUAGUAGACAAUAAUACCUGGAAUAAUACACACAUUGCAACAGUUGGCAGAGCAAUGGCCUCUAAUGAAGCAAAAGCCUACAAGAUUAUGAGAGCUUUGGAUGUUGACUAUGUGUUGGUUAUUUUCGGAGGAGUGACAGGUUAUGCAUCAGACGAUAUUAACAAAUUCUUGUGGAUGGUCCGUAUUGGUGGAAGUGUUUAUCCUGAAAUUAAGGAACCAGAUUAUUUGUCGCCACGAGGAGAAUACAGAAUUGAUGCAGGAGGAAGUCAAACAAUGCUCAAUUCAUUAAUGUAUAAAUUGAGUUACUACAAGUUUGGAGAAAUGAUGACUGAAUAUCAAAGACCAACUGGAUAUGACAGAGUACGUGGUGUAGAAAUUGGUAACAAAAACUUUGAAUUAGAACACUUGGAGGAAGCAUUCUCUUCUGAACAUUUCAUCGUUAGAAUUUUCAAGGUCAAGAAGGAAACCAACAGAGCUUGA